GAGGAGGAGUGGAGUUUGGAUGCUUCGGUCGAGCUGGGCUGCCACUACUCACUCGAAUUCAGCACAAGUUCUCCGACCAAGUUUCACUGAAGAAGUGGUGGAAUAGCUGGAAGAGGAAUGGAGCUGUCGGGAGCCCGGUUCUGCUGUGUACUGUUGAGCCUGUUCGCAGGUGUGGCCUCUGGUCUCGAGAUUACAUCUACGGGCCCGACAUCUAUGGAGAAGGCCAGUGGUCAAAGUGUGAAGCUGGACUGCCAGUUCUCUCUGGCCCCUGAAGAUUCUGGACCACUGGAUAUUGAAUGGAGCUUGUUGUCAUCUGACAACCAGAAAGAGGACAAAGUGGUGAUCCUGUACUCGGGUGACAGGGCAUACGAGGACUACUAUGAACCCAUGAAGGGUAGAGUCCACUUCAACUCAGCCGACCCCAAGAACGGCGAUGCCUCCAUCAACCUGACAGGGCUGAAGUCGUCGGACUCGGGCACCUACCAGUGCAAGGUGAAGAAGGCUCCCGGGAUCCGCAGCAGGAAGAUGCUGCUGAUUGUCAUGGUGAAGCCAUCAAAGCCCAGGUGCUACAUGGAAGGCCCUGCACAGGAAGGCAAAGACGUUAUGCUGAGGUGCAUAUCUAGCGAGGGCACCAAUCCCCUGAAAUACACCUGGGAGAAGACCAGUGACAACAAGCUGCUGCCCGCCUCCGCUGUGUUGGAUCCUGUGGGAGGUUCCAUUAACGUGAGGAACGCAUCUGCCAGUGCAUCUGGCACCUACCGCUGCACUGCCAGCAACCGUGUUGGCACUGAGGAAUGUACACUGUAUCUCAAUGUGACACCUCCUCCCAACACUGCCGGCAUCGUCGCAGCAGCCAUAAUCACCGUUCUCCUGAUCCUCAUCAUUAUUGCCAUCAUCCUCUUCUGCUGCUGCCGUGCCCGACACAGGAAGAAGUACGAGAAGGAAAUCUGCAAUGAGAUCAGAGAGGACGUGCCCCCUCCUAAGAGUCGCGUUUCAACGGCGCGCAGCUUCACCGUGGGCAGCCAGCGUUCGUCCCUGGGCUCCAUGUCGCCUUCCAACCUGCACGAGUACGCCCUGAAGCCCCAGUACGACAAGAUUCCCUCAUCAGAGGAGUUUGAGAGACCUCCGAGCCAUGCCCCUCUGCCCCCGCCCAAUGCUGUCAAGAUGGCUGGCCCCAACCUCAGCCGCAUGGGGGGCAUCCCCGUCAUGAUCCCUGCCCAGAACAGGGACGGCUCAAUCGUCUAGCCUGUCCUCUACUCGAGAGGAGAUCGUGCAACAAGGGGAGGGAACGGAGGAAGGGAGUAGGACACAAGCCAAUGAAGAUGAAGAUGGAGGAAGAGCUGGGAUAGUCUGACUCGCCUGACUUUUAGCUCCUCAUUAUUUACAAAUGGGAGUAUACUCCACUUAUGAAGACCUGGCUCUGCUCUGGUGCUGAGAAGAGAAUUUAAGUUGUACUGGAAUCACAACAGAGCACAUUACAUUUUUAUCAAAUACAAAUACAAAAAAAAAAAACUUUUAUGAAUUUUACUUCCUGGACUUUCUCAAUGAAAAAUGGAUAUAAAGCAGAAUGGUCAAUAUACAAAUUAUAUUGUACAUAAGUGAAUGCAUGUUCUUUUUUAAAUAUAGAUGGCCCUCACUGUUUGUUCAAAACAGAUCCAGGCCCCUAAUUGGCCAGCUGUAUGCAUGCACGUAUGUAUAGAAUUGCAGCUGUAUGUGUGCGUGAAUAUAAGUGUAUGUAUGUGAAAGGGAGUUUGGGAAAUGUAUAGUUCAUUUAUCAUCUUUUAAUGCCUACGUAACACUAUGAUCAUUUUUCAGGCAAUCCACUACUAGUUUCUGAAACAUUUUAAAUUCCACAAUUUUCUUGUAAAAGGAGAUGUUCUGAAAGACAGACUUAUUAGAAGAAAAUUCACAGAUCUGAAUUUAUCCUUCCACCGAGUUGAAAAAUUGUCUAUAUAGGUCAGCCGUUUUCUGUUGAACCGUUGUUCACAUUUUGAAUUGUCCAGUCGGGGUUUGGGUGGGGGGCUGAAGUGGUCAGGAUUGGCUGGUGGUGAGAGGGAGGUUCAGGCCCUCACAUCUUGUGAUUGGGUGGAUUAUUGCUUCUUGACCGAGCUUAAAAAAAAACAAUAAGACUCCCACCCCUCCUCCAGAGAUCUUAGAGUAGGUAGUGUAUAGGAAAAUAAGGGGGCAGCUGGACAGCAAGGUUCACUGAGCAAUCGGCUUUGAUUGUGUUUGACUGUCAACAGCCCCUAACCCCCCCGUGACCACCAGAACAUGUCGGUCUCCCCAAACACACACACACACACACAUACACACAUACAGCAUUAGCAGGACAAGAGCAUAGAGUCUUAAUCAUCAUCUGUAGUAUCGGCCACCCCCCUCAGAUGUCCUGUGUGUGUAAUCCUCCUUAUUUGCAUUAAAAGGAGCCAAUAUCUUGACCUUCUCUCUGUGGUCAAUAUCAGACUGUGCAUUGCUUCUGUAGUGUUAAUUGGACUUUUUAAUGAAGGAUAUAAAGCCUGUGUACAUGAAGAAAGUGCCCACAAAGAGGAACAAAAGUGAAACGCCUUAGAAUUCUGAAUUGUACUGCUCUGAAUCCACUUUCCAACCACUUUGGUUUGAGUCAAUUUUGCAGUCUCUCAGUUCAGGAUAACAUAAAUGUUCAUUCAGUCAGUCAGUGUAAGUUGCAAUAGGCCAGUCCUUGCAGUUUGUCUCAUGUCUGAAAUCAUGUCCAUUCUUCUAUUGUUUGCAAAACAUUUUGGAAGCCCAACAUCUCAUCUGGUCUGUUACUUUAGAAAACACAGUAAAAAUACUUGCAGUGGGCAAACUGUUUCUUUUUGCUCCUACGCCUUAUUCUAUUCCUUAUUUUAGCCUUACACACCUCCCCUCAGUUCACCUCUGCACAGCCCUCACAGCUGGAUACUGAAAACUUCUAUUGUGCCUUUUCGCCCCAGUUGAGUUGUGUCAUAGCACAGCCGGCAAUGUGCGCUGUGCUAUGUGCAGUAGCAUUGUCCUGAGUGGCCAUCAUAGCCCACAGCCACUAGAACAAUAUAAUAAUCAGCACACAGUGAGCCUAUUGAUUGUUUGGUUGCCUCGAUCAAGUCUAGGAUUUCCCACACACCCACUCACCCCAUAGAAAUUCCCCCAGAGCUUAACAAAACCUUUAUCACUGUCUUAAAAGCUUUGAUUUUGUAUUCCAAAACAUGACUUCAUGGUUUUUUUUUAACUUUAUUUAAAAGUACAUAAAUCUAUGUGGUUUUUCAAAAAAUAACAUAAGUGGAUCUGGCUGUAUGUAUAAAUAUCCUGUUGAAGUAACCCUAUCUAAUCACAACACAGUCGAAUGAUAUAAAGAUGAUGUUUGUAUGUAUAUGUGAUUCUCUGCCGUGCUGUGCUUGGCAAAUCUAUAUCUAAGGCAAAAGAGGAGGGGCGUGUGUGUGCGUGUGUGUGUGUGCGUGUGUGUGCGUGCGUGUGCGUGUGCGUGUGUGUGUGUGUGUGUGUGUGUGUGUGUGUGUGUGUGCGUGCGUGUGUGUGCGUGCGUUGUGUGCGUGUGUGCGUGCGUGUGUGUGUGUGUGUGUUACAUGAAGGGAGUUUGCUGUCAGGAUGGGCCCCUGUAGAAUUCUAGUUAGACUUUCACCUGCUGACAAACUGUGUAGAGCUAUUAGGGGGAUAGUGCUGUUACUGCCCCUCUAUGUGCUCAGAACAUUAAUGACAAAUACUAACAAUAUUAACUGUAGCUUUGAAAUCGGCGUACUAAUAUUGUAUGGAGAUCUCCUUUGAGGUUUGCACUCUGUGUGAAAACCAGUUUUUUCUUUUGUGUGUAUUUUUUGUGCUGUAUUUUUGAAUAAUAAAAGUCCAUGAAAUUUAAAAAAAAA